UCGCCAGCUCGACUUGUGUCUGCCAUGACGACCGACCCUUACUGUGAGCAUCUGGCGUCGCCAAAUGGCUGGGUGCUCGCUCUUUCCNNCCAACUCGUGCUCGGCAUUUUGAUCUCGUACAUCCCACAACAUGUCAAGAUUAUUCGACAUGGCACGUCGGCCGGUCUUUCGCCCUGGUGGGUCCUAUUGGGCACCAUCUCAUCUAUCGCCGCGCUUGCGAACAUCUUGGUCUUGCCGACCAGCCAACAUGACAUGGCUUGCUGUCGCGAGAUUUCUGGCAAGGCCUGUGGUGCUGCACUGUUGGGUGUUGUGCAGAUUGGCGUCCAGUGGAUUUGCUUCAUGACCAUUAUGGUGCUCUUCCUCGUCUUCUUCCCCAGAGACGCCUUUGCGAACCCCCCGCCCGAACACCUUCCUCCGGACACACCCCGCAAGCGCGACGCCGUCAUUGUCGGCGUAGUCUCCCUCGUCUCUCUCCUCCUUGCCGGUCUCAUCUCAACCUUGUUCCUCUACCGCCUACCUUCGCACCUUCUCAGCUGGGCAAACUUCCUCGGCAUCCUCGCUGCCAUCCUCUCCUCCAUUCAAUACAUCCCGCAACUCUACACCACAUGGAAAGCCAAGCAGGUCUUGUCCCUGAGUAUCGCGAGUAUGCUCAUCCAAGUGCCUGGCGCUUUUGUCUUCGCCUUCAGUCUGUGGCUGAGGGUUGGCUGGGAGGGCUGGAGUACUUGGUUCGUCUACUGUGUCACUGGCGUCUUGCAGGGAGCCUUGCUGGUCAUGGCCAUCAUGUUUUACCAGAAAGAGAAGGGAGAAGAUCAUACCGACCAAGACCCUACCGAGACGGAUCCUUUGUUGGAGGCCUCGCGCAGCACCUCUUGA